AUGGACAAGACGUCCAAACCAGGAACGACGCCCGUCAACGUUUUCGCCAAACCAAUCGUGAUAUACCAGGCGCGCGCCCCCCAAACCCGUGCUAGUGGCGCCUGCGUCAUCGAUGGCCAACACGAUGCCGUGGAAGCCACACCCAAAAGCUCAAAGCGCGACGCGGGGUCGUUGACUGGCGACAGCGAGCGUGUGAUGGGCCGUCGAGCUGGCCACUGA